GAUCUCGGACCUGACGGAGCAGCUCGGCGAGCGAGGGAAGAGUGUUCACGAGUUGGAGAAGAUCAGGAAGCAGCUGGAUCAGGAGAAGCAGGAUCUGCAAGCAGCGUUGGAGGAGGCAGAGGCCACGCUGGAGCACGAGGAGGGGAAGAUCCUUCGCUCGCAGCUGGAGUACAGCCAGCUGAAGGCGGACACGGAGCGGAGGCUGGCGGAGAAGGAGGAGGAGAUGGAACAGGCCAAGCGCAACCAGCAGCGUGUGGUGGAGUCGCUGCAGAGCUCGCUGGAGGCCGAGACCCGCAGCCGCAACGAGGCGCUGCGCGUGAAGAAGAAGAUGGAAGGAGACCUCAACGAGAUGGAGGUGCAGCUGAGCCUGGCCAACCGGCAGGCAGCCGAGGCCCACAAACAGGGCAAGGUCCUGCAGGCCUCGCUCAAGGAGGUGCAGCUGCAGCUGGAUGACGCGUUGCGGCAGGGCGAGGAGCUGAAGGAGACGGCGGCCAUGGCGGAGCGGCGGGGGAACCUGCUGCAGGCCGAGCUGGAGGAGCUGCGGGCCCAGCUGGAGCAGACAGAGCGAGGACGCAAGCUGGCCGAGACCGAGCUGAUCGAGAGCAGCGAGAGGGUGCAGCUGCUGCACUCGCAGAACACCAGCCUGAUCAACCAGAAGAAGAAGCUGGAGGUGGACAUCGGGCAGCUGCAGGCCGAGGUGGAGGACUCACUGCAGGAGUGUCGCAACGCUGAUGAGAAGGCCAAGAAGGCCGUGACCGACGCAGCCAUGAUGGCGGAGGAGCUGAAGAAGGAGCAGGACACCAGCGCCCACCUGGAGCGAAUGAAGAAGAACAUGGAGCAGACCAUCAAGGACCUGCAGCACCGGCUGGACGAGGCCGAGCAGAUCGCCAUGAAGGGGGGCAAGAAGCAGAUCCAGAAACUGGAGGCUCGGGUGCGGGAGCUGGAGAACGAGCUGGAGGCGGAACAGCGAAGGUGCUCGGAGGCGGUGAAGGGCGCCCGCAAGUUCGAGAGGCGCAUUAAAGAGCUGACCUACCAGACAGAGGAGGACCGCAAGAACAACAUCCGACUGCAGGAUCUGGUAGACAAACUCCAGCUCAAGGUCAAAGCCUACAAGAGAUCGGCUGAGGAGGCGGAAGAGCAGUCGAACACCAACCUGGUGAAGUUCCGGAAGCUUCAGCAUGAGCUGGACGAGGCUGAGGAGAGAGCGGACAUCGCGGAGAGUCAGGUCAACAAACUGAGGGCCAAGACCAGAGAUGUCAGCACCAAGAAACUGCUGGCCGAGGAGUGAACUCUGCUGAGAAUGUUCCAGAACUUCCCCUGUAAAAUUUCUGUAGAAUAAAAGUCAUCAGCAAAGUU